UAUGACAGUUUCAAAAUGACGUUCCAUACAAGCGCCUUAAGACUCGCUACAAAAUAAAUAAAUUAUUGUAAUUACGAAAACAUUUAAGAAUUUUAUUAAUUGUAAUUUAAAUACAUUAACUAUAAGAGAAAAUGGUAUCGCGAACUUUGACGGAAGUAUUUGUUCUUAUGCGAAAUAAUGCUAUUCACUCUCGACAAAUAUUCGCUGAACAGUCUAAUGAGUCCGAGCAUGUAAGGCUCAUGAGAUCCAGUGGUCAUGAUCUGGAGGCAGGUCCUGAGCCACGGUCAGAUGCCCCUCCUCCAUGGAGUGAUUCACUAGAAGAGGCCCACUACAUUAUUACGAGGUUAAGAACUAAGCUAUCCGAGUUGCAAUCCCGACACCAGCAUCAGCUAUCUCGUCCAGGUCUGGACUCAAGCCACGAGCAGCAUAUAGAGCGUCUAUCAACAGAUAUAGCUAGGCACUUCACGCAAGCACACGCAAGACUGACAGCAAUCAGGGCUCAAGUCAGACACGGCAACAAAACUGAACAGAAGUUAGCAACUAAUGUGGUGCUGGCGCUGGUGACGAUAUUACAAGAUCUCAGUGUAACCUUCAGGACCUCGCAGUCCAACUAUUUAAGGUCCCUCACAUCAAGGGAGGAGAGGUCAAACGCUUACUUUGACUUACCCAACUUCGAAGAGCUCAGUUUACAAGACAAUGACUUGAUACCGGGGCUCACAAACAACCAGACUGACCUAUUAUUCUCACUACCGAGCACCUCAGCACAGAAUCAUGACGACAUGGACCACAUGUUCCAGAAGCCAGCGCUGAAUCAGAAACAGCUGCUAUUGAUACAACAAGAAAAUACCAAAGAAAUAUUAGAGAGAGAGGAAGAAGUUAAUAAAAUAGUGAAAUCAAUAGUGGAUUUGAACGAUAUCUUCAAAGACUUAGCCAAUAUGGUCCACGAACAAGGCACUAUAUUGGACAGAAUAGACUAUAAUAUCGAACAAACCCAGGUUCAAGUGCACGAAGGUUACAAGCAAUUGCAGAAAGCUGAGAGAUACCAACGAAAGAAUAGAAAAAUGCAGUGUAUACUCUGCCUGUCCUCUGUUCUCAUAGGUCUAGUCAUACUGUUGAUCAUCGUUAAGAGUUAGCUUCAACUGAAUUUAGUAAAGAAAUAUAUGAAUUAAAGUUUUGUAUUUUAUACCUAAGAUACAUAUAACAGUUUACUCAUAUGUACACUGAAACAUAUUUAUUGAAAAAAAAAAAACAUUAAAUUAAGCGAAUGACACGAUUUUCAUGUGUAAUAUAAUUUAUGGCGGCAUUUUAAUAAAUUAUGACAACUAAGUGAUAAAUUCAUUCGCAUUGUAAAAUCGUGUUUUUACAUUGACACUUAACAAAAUGGCGAUUUAUGUUUUGUUGACUUGAAACACGAAACACGUUAAAAUUAAGUCUCAGAUCAAGAUAUUGUUUAAUUUAAAAAAAAACUUGUCGCUUAUUAAAUUCCGUUCGAAACGUACAGUAUUGUGUGAGGACUGGUGCAUUGUUUAUUAUUCCGUUGAAGAUCUAAAAAAUCAAAUUAAAUAAGAAUAAUUCUAAUAGAUUACACGUUUCUUUACAAUAUAUUUAUUAAAAACCAAAUUUAAUGGUGAAAAUUAAAAAAACAUGUACCCUAGAAUGAUGUAAGUAUAUGUACAUUUAUUUUGGUGUUGUAUGAUGUGAUAAAUUAUAUCAGGUAACAUAUAAAAAUAUUACGUGUAUACAUAAGCUUGAUAUUUCCAUAUACAUAAAUGACAUUGUACAAAAAGUAUUUAUGUAAUUCAAAGCGUGAAUGUUUAAAUAUCAGAAACUUAGUAAUGGAGAUAAUGAAAUAAAAUUUUAAAUUUAUUAACUUAUUUAUUAUUUUUUAAACUAAAAAUAAAGGUAUGGCUACACAAAUGUGUUCAGCCUUAAUGUAUAUCAUGUGCCUAAUGUUAUUUAUGAAGAUAUUGCAUCCUGUUAAUAUUAAAUAAAGUUACAACAA